CCCGCCCCGCCCGCCGCCUCCUCGCUGCCGCCGCGGCUGCCCAUGGAGGCCGCCGGCGAGGCCGAGGUGCGGCUCCUCUUGCAGGAGGCUCGGGAGAGCAUCGAGGCGGCGCGGAGCUACCGGCGGGAGCUGCAGCAGCGGCUGCGGGGGCUGCACCAGGCGCGGGAGCAGAUCAAGGACAGUGCGACGCUGACCAGGGAUGUGCUUGAGCAGCAUUUCAGCGAUUUGAAGGGGACGCUGAGGAAGCUGCUGGACGAGCGCCUGACGUGCCUGCUGCAGGAGGUGGAUGUCAUCGAGCAGGAGAGCAUCAAGCCCCUGGACGAGUGCCAGAAGCUCAUCGAGCACGGGGUCAGCACGGCCGAUGAUCUGCUCCGGGAAGGAGAGAGUGCAGUCGAUGGAGAUGUGGGACAACAGAAUGAGAAACUUUGCAACUUUACAAAAAAAGCUUUACAUAUUCAGCUAGAUAGCUUACCAGAAGUGCCCUCCUUGGUUGACGUGCCUUGUUUAUCUGCCCAGUUGGAUGACUGCCUCCUUACUAUAUUGAAAAAUCAAAUAUUCAGACAUGGAACUGUGGCAUCCCGCCCACCUGUACAGCUGGAGGAAUUUGUGGAAAAGCCUGGAGGUAUUUUGGUCCGAUGGUGUAAGGUGGAUGACGAUUUCACAGCCCAGGAUUACCGGCUGCAGUACCGCAAGAGCGCCGCCAGCCCCUUCGAGGACGUGUACGUGGGCUCGGAGACGGAGUUCAUGGUGCUGCACAUCGACCCCCACGUGGAUUACCAGUUCAGGGUCUGCGCCCGCGGGGACGGGCGGCAGGAGUGGAGCCCCUGGAGCGUCCCCCAGAGCGGCCGCACCUCGCUGGUGCCCCACGAAUGGACAGCUGGUCUGGAGGGUUACAGCUUGAGCAGCCGAAGGAACAUAGCGCUUCGGAAUGAUUCUCAGUCCUGUGGUGUGCUCUACUCCAAAGCUCCUACUUAUUUCUGUGGGCAGACAUUAACAUUCAGGAUCGAGACGGUGGGGCAGCCGGACCGGCGGGACAGCCUGGGCGUGUGCGUGGAGCAGCGCAGCGGCGACGACUCUCUGCAGCGGGACAGAGCCGUGUGCGUCAGCACCAACGGGGCAGUGUUUGUAAAUGGAAAAGAGAUGACAAACCAGUUGCCUGCUGUCACUUCUGGCUCGACUGUGACAUUUGACAUGGAAGUUGUGCAGUUGGGAUCCUGCAGCAACGAGGGAGGAAACUUCAAGCUUCGAGUCACCAUCAGCUCCAACAACAGAGAAGUGGUCUUUGACUGGGUACUUGAUCAGUGCUGUGGCUCUUUGUAUUUUGGUUGUUCAUUUUCAUACCCAGGCUGGAAGGUUUUGGUCUUUUAGCAGUGAGUAAAGGGAUUUUUUUGUUCUUGCUGUCAAGUGUGAUGUUAAAGGCUGAGUUUCCAGCUGUUUGACAACAAUCUGGUAACAACCCCUGUCUUUAUAGUACUUGAACUCCGCUAUAUUGUACUUCGUACUGGAUUCAUUUAAACAAUAGUUGUGAAACAUUGGAUUUGUUUCUCUGAAAAAAGCUAGAAACAAGCAUUUAUGUAGGCAAAUUAAUUUAAGCAGUCCAUCAGACCUUUUCCUUUUUCCCUCCAGACUUGAUUUUUGUCAGUAUUUCAUUGUACUCGCCUCAGGGUACGCGCGUUGUGUAGAAUUAACUUUGCUUAAAGCCGCUGCUCUGUGAAAUCAGCGUUUUAGGGGUGGUAAGGACCAAAGUUGUAUUUAUACCACUCGGAGCACAGUAUUUAGAGCAGCAGGGUCCUGCUCUGCCUCCUUGUGCACGGUACUGCUCAUCCCUCGGCCGCGGGGAUGUCUGAGCCAGCCCGUCACUGUCUCACUUAAGUGCCUUAUUUCCAUACUUCUGGAACUGGUUUUUUUCUGUGUUGUCACUCAGAACAUGUUUUCUAGAGGAGCUGCAUGGUGAUGGUUACACUGCCCAUGCACUGCUGCCUCGAGUAGGCUGCUCUGAGCCUCUCUGAAUGCCUUCCCUGGCUACAAUUCACACACAGAAUGUGUCAGAGCAAAUCUUGUGAUUUGGUACCUGAGCCCAACCUGUGCAGUGGCAGCUGUGAUGCCUCAGAGCCCUCCUAACACUCAGAGACAGCCUUUUCUCACUGUGUGACCACACAAGUGCUGCAGACACUGCAACUGCUGCUGGAGCUCCACCUGGAAUAAGGGAGGCAGAUCUAACCUGGGGCAGUCAGAAUUGAAAAGAUGGUGGUAAUUAAGCUGUCUCCUCCCUAGAGUAGGAUUGGAUAAAUAAUAGUGUGAAUUAAAUGACUUGGAACUCAGAAAUUACAUACAGUUACAUAUUUUUCCUCUAAGGAGCAACUAAGAUGGAUAAGCUCAGUCUCAAAGAGGGCCUAUUCCUGGUUAAAAGAUUGCAAUGCUACUGGAUUUAAAGAAUAGUUAAAAGUAACUUUCACUGAGGGGCUUCUUACCUCAAGUUCAAUUAAAAUUAAAUAUAUUUUAUCAUGUUAGAAUAGCACUAUUUUUAUAAAGCCUAGACAAUCAUACUGCCUUUCCUUCAGUGGCAAUGUGCUCCUCUUUGCUACCAUAAUAAGCUUAAAGCAUAAAAACUUAUUUUACAAUUAAUCAACAUUGCUGUUACUCACACUGUCAGUACAAAAAGAUCAGCCAUCCUGCCUGAAUUUUUCCCCAAGCUGUAGCAGGGCUACACAAAUUUCAGACAAAGAGAAUGGCUGUUGGUAUUUAUACCACUCACAAGAGCAAAAAAUGUGUGUGGAUUUAGAUGAGUGUGAAGAACCUGCACAAGGCAGAGUGAGGUUGGAAUUGGCUGGAAGGCACGAAGUGAGGAAGACUGAACUGCUGCAGGUCAGUUAGCAACAAAGGGCCUGCAGUGCUCUUAGUUUUUCAGGCUUCACUAGUUUAGUGUUAGGAAAAAGGAAUACUGGCUUAUCCCAUACUUUCAGUGUUACUUCAAUUCUCCUGUGAAGAGUUUUCAGUACUUUUGUAAAAAAGGUUCAGUAGAUGAAAAUGUCAGUCCUGCUCAGAGGGUCGGGCUGGCACUCCAGGUAGCAGCUGAGUUAAACCUUGCUCCACGGUAGUGCUGGCAGUUCUACUUACACAAUUCAGGUAUCAGGUACUAGUUGAACUUAGUACUUUUACCAUAUGGAAACUAAAAUUGUGAAUAUCCACACUUCUGAGGUACCAACGGGUCAGGUACCUUUUGAUCUGCUUUAGGAGGGGCUGGUCAGACUGUAGAUUCUGCGGGAUAUUUACUUACAUAUUAGAAAAUAAAGCUUAAACCUUGAAUUCAGGUACUUCAGAGGUGGCAAUGCUGUGUCAGGUUGUUCAGAAUAUACAUAAAAGCAGCUGAAGGUGACUGUGAAGGGCCAUGAGAGGCCCCUACUGCUGCCCUGGAGAGCUGGGCAGGCUAGAGAAGUUUUUUCUGCCUCCAGGCUUUAGCUGUGUGCUGAACAGGGGCAGUUUGCCAAUGGUUCUUUUGUUGUUGUGGUGGUGGUUUUGUUUUUUAUGUGAACUUGGCACAAGCCUCACUGUCCAAAUUGCAAAUGAGGUACUUUCAGCCACCUCGUGGAGCUGCACCUUGUGAACAGGGGAGGAGUGAAGAGUCUCAGGGCAAGAGACCCGAGGACUGAAGGAACAAAGGAUGCAAAGAAGCAGAAGAGGCUUGAACUAAAAGUGUAAAUUCUGUUCUUCCGCAGCAGAGUUCAGCUGGAUGGAAAACUUGACACUUCCUGUACAAUUUGCACCUCUAGCUCUUGGAGCCUUGCAAGCAAGAGUGUUAAUGGCUUAUGAAACCCAAUCCUGAAAGUUGUUUUCCUAAGCUAGUACAUUCACUUACCUCAAACUAAGACAUGUGUGUCAAGAGAAAUUUGAAUUUUUUUAAAUAAAAGUUGUAUCCCUCA